AUACCACUCAAUAUUAACAAGAGAAAACAUCCCAGCAGCACCCUAGUAUCUUGUACUACUACAUUCUCAAAACUCAUCUACCAUCACUUUUAUUACCAAAAUGGCUGAAGAGAAGAAGCACCACUUCGGUCUCUUCCACCACAAGGACAAGGAGGAAGACAAAACUACCUAUGGAGAAACUCCACAUGGUGGUGAUACUGAAAAAACUACCUAUGGAGAGAAUACAUAUGAAGAGAAAACUAGUUAUGGUGGGGAAGAUAACUAUGGGGAUAACAAAUAUGGUGAGAAAACUGGCUAUGGAGAAAGUGGAUAUGGAGAGAAAACUAGUUAUGGUGAGGGAGGUAACUAUGGCGAGAGUGGCUAUGAAAAUAAGACUAGCUAUGGAGAUAGUGGCUAUGAAAAUAAGACUAGCUAUGGAGAUAGUGGCUAUGUAAAUAAGACUAGUUAUGGAGAAAGUGGCUAUGAAAACAAGACUGGCUAUGGAGACAAGACUAGCGAUGGAGAUAGUGGCUAUAACAAGACUGGCUAUGGAGAUAUUCCAUCUGAAACUACCUAUGGAGAGAAAACUAAUUAUGGUGAAGGAGAUACCUGUGGAAAAGGAGCUGUCUACUCAUCUGAGACCACUAAUUUUGAAGAGACUACUGAUGAAGGCAAAACAGGUGAGGAUUAUGAGAAAGAGAAAAAGCACCACAAGCAUCUUGAACACGUGGGAGGGCUUGGGGCUGCUACUGCUGGUGCCUUUGCCUUGCAUGAGAAGCACAAGGCAGAGAAAGAUCCAGAACAUGCACACAAACAUAAGAUAGAAGAAGAAAUAGCAGCAGCUGCUGCAGUUGGGUCUGGUGGAUUUGCAUUUCAUGAGCACCAUGAAAAGAAGGAAGCCAAGGAAGAAGAAGAGGAAGCUGAGGGAAAGAAGAAACAUCAUUUCUUCUAAUUUUCUCAUAAUAUAUAUUUACCUCUCUUUAAUUUGUUUUCUUCUAAAAUAUUAGUUAUGAGCUUCGUGUGCUUGCUCUAUCCUCUAAUACUGAGCACCUAAUAAUCCUUGUGUGUGUGUAUGUGAGUCUUCCCUUUGAUGUAAGGGUUUUACUUCUAUAUCUUGGUGGGGUUUAAUUAUGUCAUGUACAUGUUGUUCAUUGUGCAGUUUGAAUAAUACCAUACCUUUUAAUGCAA